UUGUUGACUCUGGCGACGACCGGUAGGGCAAACUGCGGAAACGAAUAGUACUGAAGAGAGAUGGGCUGCGAUGGGGGCACGAUUCCCAAAAGGCACGAGCUGGUGAAGGGACCGAAGAAGGUGGAAAAGGUGGACAAAAAUGCUGAAUUAGUGGCCCAAUGGAACUAUUGUACAUUAAGUCAAGAAAUUCUAAGAAGACCAAUAGUAGCUUGUGAACUUGGCAGACUUUAUAACAAAGAUGCAGUCAUUGAGUUUUUAUUGGACAAAUCUAAUGACAAAGCUCUUGGACAGGCAGCAUCUCACAUUAAGAGCAUUAAGAAUGUGACAGAGCUGAAGCUCUCUGAUAAUCCAUCCUGGAGUGGUGAUAAAGGAAAUACAAAAGGUGAUAAAUAUGAUGACCUCCAGCGUGCUCGAUUUAUUUGCCCUGUUGUAGGUCUGGAGAUGAAUGGUCGGCACAGGUUUUGCUUCUUACGCUGCUGUGGUUGUGUAUUUUCUGAACGAGCCUUGAAGGAAAUCAAAGCUGAAGUUUGUCAUACAUGUGGUGUUCCUUUUCAAGAAGAUGAUGUCAUUGUACUUAAUGGCAAUAAAGAGGAUGUAGAUGUAUUAAAGAAGAGAAUGGAAGACAGACGACUGAAAAUGAAAUUGGAAAAGAAAUUCAAGAAGCCCAAGGCGGUAGAAUCAGCUUCUAAGUCAGAUGUCACCAAAGAAUCUCCAGGACCAUCAAAAGUUAAGGGUUUAAAAUAUGAAGAACCAAGUUUAAAUUCUAAAGAGAAGAAACUCACUUCUAGUCAGAAAACUGCAGGAACAAAUGGAAAUUCUUCAGGAAAAAUCAAUAAAUCAUCUUCUGGAACCACCAAGAGAUCCAUAGCAGACAGUGAAGAAUCAGAAGCCUACAAAUCUAUUUUUACAACACACAGCUCAGCCAAACGCUCUAAGGAAGAAUCUUCCAAUUGGGUUACUCACACAUCAUAUUGCUUCUAAAAUACUAUUCUGUAUGACUGCAGCUUCUCUUCCCUAAGGAAGAAUAGUUUUCACAUAGACUAGCCAUUGUAAUCUGAUAUCUGGUUUGUUAUAUUUUGAAAAGUGUUUAUAAAUUUUGCCCCCCUUGUCUGUUUGAAGUAUAAUAGUUGUAAUUAUUGAGUGUGUAGGAAAAAUGGUAGAUGCUCAGAUAAUUGAAAAUUUAAAUAUUCUCCAAGCCUAUUUUUGGAGAAUAUUAAAACUGUUAAAACAUUAAAUGCUUAAAGGAGAUUUUUAUUUCAUCUUGACUUUUGAAGUUUUAAUUUACAUCAAAAUAAUUAAAAUUUAACAAUACGCUUUUUCAUUUUAAAUCUCAGAUACAGUUUAAGUUCAAAUAAAGUAUAUACCAAUAAUAAAA